AGCGCUUGCGGCAGGGGUUCGGGCGGGGCCGCUCCUUCAUUAGCGCCAUGCUUUAACCCUCUGUUAGCUAAAAUGUGCUCACCACAUAACUACCGCAUUUCUGCUCAUGAUUUAAACGUGGCGGUUCAUCGCACAUGAGAUUGCUGCUAACUCUCAAUUAGCAAGACUUUCCGUCCUCCACUCUCACCAUGUCAGACACGUCAAAGCCGUACGCGUAUCCCUAUUCGCAAGCCGUGAGGUUGGACCCCCGUAUCACAAGCCCUCGCCCCAUCAUAGAUUCUGCGUUGGCACCCCUGAUCGAUUCGUUCCUGCUGCCGGAGAAAAUUGAACCAGAGUUCCUCCGGGACUUGGCAGCAGGCGACGGUGACGACGCUUUCCUCGACUCCAUUUCCAAGGCUAGGCCCGGACUACAGCACACGGAACACGUUAUCAGCGGCCUGUAUGGGAUCCCGAUCACUCUGUCAAUCUUUUCACCCGAAUCGCCGUCUACGGUGCCCUUGCCUGCUGUGUAUUAUGUUCAUGGCGGUGGUAUGGUAUCUGGCAAUCGUUUUGCGGAAGUUCCGUCGCUUCUAGACCUACUAGAAGGUAUUGCCUGUAUCAUUGUGUCGGUAGAGUACCGUCUUGCACCCGAGACUCGUGCCCCCGGGGCAGCCGAGGAUUGUCACGCUGGCCUCGUGUGGGUAUCUGAUAAUGCUGUCAGCCUUGGAAUCGACCCUGGCGCAAUUACCAUAUGUGCGGUGUCUGGUGGUGCAGCAUUGGCUGCAGCCACAUGCCUCAUGGCCCGCGACAAGAAGCUUCCAGCCAUUCCGGUCAAAGCUCAAAUGCUUUUGUCGCCAAUGUUGGAUGACCGCUGUGAGAGCGUUUCGGAUAAGCAAUACGAGUACGGCGUUCCAUGGAGUGGAGUCACAAAUCGGUGUGCUUGGAACCAUGUACUUGGUGAUUCCGCUGGGACGGGAAACGUGAGUUCCUAUCAGUCGCCAUCAAGAGCUGUUGAUUUGUCAGACCUCCCACCGACAUACAUUGACGUUGCAGAAUGUGAAGUUUUUCGCGAUCCUGCAGUAGCAUAUGCAACGAAGAUGUGGCGUUGCGGGUCAACCUGUGAGUUGCACGUGUGGCCGGGAGGUGUACAUUUGUUUGAUGCUGUCAAGAACCCUGACAUACCCCUGGUAGCAGUAGCGUUUACUACAAAACAAGCUUGGCUGAGAAGAGUUAUUCCAAAUGUAGAACGUAGAGAAACGUCGUCCGUAAGACCCUCUACCGAGUAAUUUUAUUUCAUUUGGAGAGAUCGAAUUUGUAUCGCUGCAUUGUCGGAAUGCGAUUCGUGAACAGCUCUCAACGAGGCUUCCGCUUCCAGAUAUCCAAUGACAUGGUUCGCAGGCUUACAAAAGAGACCUCCGUCAAUUAACGGCGACUGCGAAUUUUUCUGUUGACUCUUGUAGAUGAUUGGAGA